CAUAUUUUUGGCUAAAUUAAUAAGCUCCCCCUAUAUUUUCUAUUUCCCCCAAUUUCUAAAAAAACAAAAUCCCUAAAUUUCAUUCAAAGGUUUCUUCUCAUUCAGUUUAGCUAAGUCGCUUAUUCUCAAUUCUCCAUUCUUAUGCGUUUAUCUGAUUUAUGACUUGGAAAUUUCAUCCAUGGUAACCUUAAGUCUCUUUGUUUGGUGGAAAAAAGUGUUGGGACUUUUGAUGCUUUUGGGAAAUGGAGAUAAAACAAGGUUUCUUCUCAGCCUUUGAGGAAGGGGUGGUGUGGGUUAUCGUCAGGUAGGUCAGGAGCGAUGAGUCCGCCGAGAAGUGGGUCACCCAUCACCUCUUUGCUUUGGAGGAAGAACAUCUGGCUUCAUUGACUCUGUUUCAGGUAGGGUACUUUCGAUAUUUCUCACAAAUUUGGGCAAUUUCUGAAAGUUUUUCUCCUUCACAAUCUUUUCUGAUAAUAUGUGUGUGAAAGAGGAGUUGUCAUCUUUGCCCUGCUAUUUGUAGUGAGAUCACGUAGUUUGGAAUGUUUGGAAUCAAAAUUGUGCAAAGGGAUGGAAAGUCCGUAUAACAUAGUCCAAAUAUUCAAGAAGCAAGUAGAGGACUUGUAAAUAAACACUAACCUUGGAGUCACAGUUUUUGUCUAAGGCUUGGAGGUUUUCUUCAAUCUUCUCUAAAUGAUCUACAAGAUAUCAGAAGUACAAGUUUCUUUACGAUCAUGAUUAUCAGAUAAAUGUUUUUCAUUUUCCAUAAAUGGGAAGCCACAACUUCUCCAUUUCCAUGCUCCAUCGUCCAAGAACCUUAGAUACACUUUUCCAUCUGAACCUAUUAAGAACAAAUGAGCUCCUGUGAAGCAUGGUCCUGGUGAACCAACAAGAAUGACACUUGGAUCUGGUGUUCCGUGUUCUAUACAAUUCCAUCCGUUGGACGGAUUCCAAUUAUAUUCAACUAGUCCACCAUUUGCCGAAAGCAUGAAAAAAGAACCUUGCAGUGACAGUGAAGAUAACCUCAUUGCAGUUCCAGGAGAUCUUGAUAUAACCAAAUGUUGAGAUUGGUAAUGCUCAUGCCAUAGUUCAGUAACUUUGUUGUACUGGUAUAAGCGUCUGUUCCUUCCAAUGACAAACACCACGUUCUCUCGGAGCAGUUCUUGGUCAGCAAUGCUUGCAAUCUUCGUACUGGCUGGAUACCGACAAUCUUUCCAUUUGAACUUUCUCAGUGCAACCUAAGAAACAGGUUAUGACACUUUAGCAUUCAUUUUAUCAAUAUUCAAACUGGAAGCUUAGAAAUUUCAGGAUAUAUAAGCUUAGUGCCACUCAUUUUAGCCUUCAUUUUAUUAGGCUGAAAGCAUUCUUCGUAUAGUCACCUUUUGAACCUCUAAACUAGAAAAGUGGACAUAGUAUAUGUUUCCAGUUGUGGUUACCUUUUGAUCCACUUCAUUGCCUUGUAACUUUACAAGAAGCUGGCGUAGACUAGAUCAUUCAUCUUGAUACUGAUGAGCUAAUGCAUCCAGCUGGAAUCCUGGAGCUAGUGAGUAUUCUUUACGGAGACUUCUGGCAGAUAUACCUGAAGAUGUUGACAUGGUCAUAUUUCCUAACUAUGAGAGUAGUGUUGAGAGAGAUGAUGUGAAGGAGCCUUUUAGUGAAGUCUCGACGUUCAAGAAGAAUUAUGACCAUCUCACAAAUGAAAUUUACUUUGGAAACUACAAGGAAGCAACUCGUGGUAAUCCUAACUACUUUUUGACUUACGAAAAUGGAAAAUCAGUUGCUCGAGUUCAAGAUCAUCUUCGUCCUAAUGGUGCUCAUAGAUGGCACAACUACAUGAAAACCCCAAAGGAAAUGGAGGUGAUCAAAUUUGAAGGGUCGCCACAAGUCAAUUUGAUCUCAUUGAAGUGGAAGUGGAAGUGGAUAGUGAAGAUUUUUUGAACUAUUGUAAAAAUUUGAAUACAUUAUAUUUGAUUUUGUGAAAUAUAUUCAUUGCUAGAAUAUAUGUUGAACUAUUUUGUACACAUAUUUAGAAUAUUGCUUUAUAAGUAUGUGUAUGUACACAAGACAUACUAUCUUUUGAAGUUUA